AUGCCAUCAUUCACCAUCACGAGCCUCGCAUCGCGAACUACCACUCGACCGGCACCGCUGCCACUAUGCCCAACACCCGCUGCCGUGGCCGCCGACACGAUGGCCUCUCCACCCUCGCCCGCCUCGCCCACCAGCAGCGCUGCAUCUAGGACGUCGCUGGACCAGGACCACGCCCAGUCGCUCACGCUCGAGCAUCUCGUCAAGCACUUUGUCGCCGCCAAACGCUCCCUCAACACCCAGACGGUCCUAUGGCGCGCCACCGACAUCGUCAACACGGCACGUGACCUGCUCGAAGAGAACGCUGUCGUUUCCGCCAAGAACACGUCCAUCCGCAACCUCGUCGAGCAGCAGGUGGAUGCCCUGGAAGCCGUCCGCCGCGGCGUAGACGUGGUCGAGUCGGAAGUCCAGGCCGAGUUCAAGCAGCUGCUCCACGACGUCGACGCCUCCUUUGCCGGUGUCAACUCUACCCUCGCCGUCCUGCGCGACACGCCCAUUGAAGGCGCCCUGCAGCCUCCGGGCACUCCCCAGAAGCAUCUCUACGACUUCAUCGACAGCGCCACCGUCUCCAACCUGCAGUCCACACUGCGCGCCUGCAUAGACCGCUACAACGAUGCCCACGCCACGCUCGACGAGAGCUCCCAUGUCUUCGAUACAUGUCUGGAUAAUCUCUACUCCUCCAUCGAGAACGUGCCCAUGACACCCGUGUCCACGUCCACUCCGAGUCCCAUACCCAGCCUAUACCAUAAUCUUGAGGGCCACGCAAAAGAGGCUGCGCAGGCAUUCCAGUCGCUUGUUCAGCACUAUGACUUAUGCAUAACAGCCUUGCGCCACACAGAAGGAGGUUCCGCUGCUGCCACCCAAGCAACAGGAGAUGCGCCAGUCCACUCCGAGGAUAACGGUGCCGCGCCUCCCGAGCCCAUGAGCGAAGACGAGCGCCGCGACAUGCUCAACGUCUUGCAAAAGGACGCGCAAGAGGUGGAAGACGUCGUGACCGAGAUCCAAGAACGGGGCUCUGAGAUGACCUUCCUUCUGGGCCAGAUCGAGAACCACAUCCGCCACGUCCGCAGCGAGUCGUCAGCCCUGUCCAAGAUACUCGAGAUGAUGUCGCAAAUCACUGGCCAAGUCAAAGAGCACAUUGUGACCUCACGUUCCUUCUAUGCCUCAUGGCUGGAAGACACACGGCCUAGCCUGCUCAGCGGCAUCGACGAGUGGGAGAGCCAGCGCGACUUCUUCGAACGCUUCGACCUUGCCUACGCCGAGCUCCUCGUUGAGGUGUCGUCACGACGGAGGCGGCACGAAAAGGCCAAACGGAAGGCUGAGGAAGCGCAAAAGGAGCUAGACAGGAUACGCCUCGAGGAUGAACGUGCAAGGGAGCAGUUUACCGUGGCUCAGGGUGACUUUCUGCCCUUGGAUAUCUGGCCGGGUCUGAGGGAUCCGCCGCGACAGUACGAGGUCAGAGUUGUACCCGCUAGUGUAGAGGGUGAGCAAGACGAGAAUGACCAGGAAAUAUACGGUGGCCAGAGUAUACCUCAACUAGGGAGGACCGUUGUUGAAAGGGCGCUCACGCGAGUUAAGCGACGAAUGUAA